AUGGCCGUUUUAUUUUUCUUUCGCGAACCCAAAACGGUUUUUGAUUGUGCCGGAUUCAUUUGCAGCCUGCAGUUUUUACUAGGCUGCAAUGGAUUCGGCAUACGAGGAUCGCACUUUAAGAUCAGUCGCUGGAGAAGGAUUUACUCAGUUUCAGUGGCCAUUUUUGCGUUAUUUGGACUUUUUGGUUCCCUGAGCCUCCUUUUAUCCGCCGAGGAUGUAAAGGAAAGGCUAAAGAAGGCCGAUGGUUUAGUGCUGAGUAUUUCAGUGCAGGAACUGGUCAUCUCCACCUUGGUCUUUGUGGCCACUGUGAUAUCGCUGCAAAUAUGCGCAGAUCGUCAUUUGGGCAUCUAUGUGAGACUGGCUGCCUUAGAUUAUCGGCUUAUCAGCGACUUUGGAGCUAAUCUGAAUUACAGGAAAAUGCUGAGAAAGAAUAUAGUCGUAUUGGGAUUGGUUACUAUAAUUUAUCUGGUGGCCAUCAAUUGUGCUGCCUUCCAAGUGGCCAGUGGUCAUCGAGCUCUCUUCCUGCUUUUCGCCUUGUGCUAUACGAUUGUAACCGGAGGACCUCAUUUCUCGGGAUAUGUACAUAUGACCCUUGCCGAAAUGCUGGGCAUUCGAUUCCGUUUGUUGCAGCAAAUGCUCAAUCCAGAAUUUCUGAAGUGGCGCUUCCCGCAGUUGCAGAUACGGGAAUUGCGUAUACGCCAGGUGGUGUCGAUGGUCCAAGAGCUGCACUACCUCGUCCAGGAGAUCAACGAGGUCUACGCCUUCAGCCUUUGGUCAGCCAUGGCCCACGAUCUGGCCAUGAGCACCAGUGAGCUGUAUAUCCUGUUUGGCCAAUCUGUUGGCAUUAGUGGUCAGCAAGAGGAUAAUGAGGACGAGCAGAUCAGUAGAUACCAAAUGAUCGGCUAUGUGGCCCUUUGCAUGAUGCCGCCGCUCUACAAGCUCCUGAUUGCCCCCUUCUACUGCGAUCGCACCAUUUGCGAGGCCAGAAGAUGCCUUCGUCUCGUCGAGCAGCUGGACAUUUGGUUUCCUGAAAAGAACUCCCUGCGGCCAAUGGUAGAAUCCCUGAUGUCCUGGCGAAUGCAGGCCAAGAUUCAGUUCACCAGUGGCCUGGAUGUCGUCCUUAACCGCAAGGUCAUCGGUCUGUUCACCUCCAUUCUGGUCAACUAUCUGCUCAUCCUCAUCCAGUUCGCCAUGACCCAGAAGAUGGGCGAGCAAAUCGAACAGCAGAAGAUUGCACUCCAGGAGUGGAUUGGAUACUAA